CUCUCUUUUGCCUAAUAAACAAUGGGCCGUGGCAUAUGUUCGGACACAUUUGAACCAGAGAAACCAAUCCAUCCAUCCGUCCACCACCCACCACCGCCUUCACAAGUGGAAUUCUAGUGAAGUGGACGCGAAGCAACGAAUUCGAAGCUCCCUCCAAAAGAUCUUUGUUACACAUCUUAACCAAUAUCACUCCUAGCUACCUGUAACCACCUUGUCUCUAUCUCCCUCUCUCUCAAAUCCACAUUAAAAGGACCUUCUUGUUGUUCCCACCUUUGCCUCACUCCGCAUUUCUCAAUCUCUCUCUCUCUCUCUCUCUCUCUCUCUCAUUUCUUUCCAAAUCAAAUUAUAAAACAUGGGUAGUGCUGAAACGGGAGUAGUCGUUAUCAACAGGGCAGAGAUCGAUACUCGAGCUCCUUUCCGGUCAGUUAGAGAGGCUGUUACGUUGUUCGGCGAGAAAGUUUUGGCUGGCGAGCUCUAUGCUAAUAAGCUCAAAGAGAUGCACGAUGGAGCAAUGGAAAAUGGGCAGGGUUCUUCCAAGCUUGGAACAGUUACAGCAGAGCUAGAAGAGACAAAACAGAGCCUUCAAAAAGCUAAAGAAGAAAGUAUGAUGAUGGCAGAUUGUGUUUCUUCUCUUAAAGAAGAGCUUAAAAGAACAAAGCGAGAGCUCCAACAAUUAAAAGUCCGUGAAUCUGAAAUGGAGUCUGAAAUUGAAGAUGUGAAGGUUGUUGAAGAUUCAACAAAAUUUGAAGUGAAAAUGCGAUCUAGACAAGAAGAAGAAGAAGAAAGGAUUGAAUUUCAAAAGAAGAGAUAUGUGACUUUUGCAAAUCCUCCCUCCAUAGCUCAAGUCAUGAUUCCACAAGGCCCCGAAGCACUUGAGAGACACCCUUCUCUUAGAAAGAAGAAGAAGAAGAAGCCAUUGAUCCCUCUAAUUGGUGGGAUUUUCUCCAAGAAAAAAUCAAGUCAAAAACUCACUUCCCCAUGAAAAUUCCCACAUCUUUCAAGUUCCAACAUUAAUAAUCUAUGAAUAUGACCUCUAGCUCCCAAAAUUUUCUUAUUUCUUUUUGCCAGUUUCUUGCGUGAUUCUACCUAUAUUGGGCCUGGAAUAUUGAGAUGUUGUAACUGGGUAUGGUUGCGCCAUGAGAAACUAUGUAACAACUAAUAAGAUGUCUUCAAAAAUAAUUUUGGUUCCUCAUUCAACUAU